AUGGCUGAAUCCCAUCCUCAAAAGAGACCUGCUGAACAGGACUUGGACGCUCACGACGACUCCGAGACAAAGUCGAAGCGUUAUCGACUCGACGAACAACCAACGGAAACACUAGAUAACGGUGAAAGUCACUAUGAUAAUGGCCAUAUAGAAGACCACACUGACUACAAUCAUGAUAACAAUGGUGUUGAACCUGAUAUUCGAUCUAUAUCUGACGAUCCUCACGGUUAUCAACAAAACUUUGAUUCCCCUGCUGGCAGCGUUGAUGAUCAGAAUGGAUAUGAUGCUGAUGUUGCCGAUGACUAUACAGGUGGUGGUAGCGCUCAUGAUCUUAAUGACGAUGGCCUACUAGCAAGCCCUGCUAUGCCCACUACAUCACACCCAAUAGACUUUAAUGCUACCCCACUCAACGCACCAAUCCCUGUCCUUCCUGGCCAUUCAGUUUCUCACAUCAGAGAAGUUCAGGUUCCAGGUCAUAUAGUUGCCACCUCAGCUGAUCCCGCCACAAACGCAGAGCAGCUCAAGUAUGCAGUCACCAUGAUCAAAACUCUGCGAAGAAACAAGGAUUGUAUGGCAUUUUUGGAACCAGUCGAUCCCGUCAAGCAUGGUAUUCCAACCUACUUUUCGGUCGUCACCUAUCCCAUGGACACGUCUACCAUAUUGAGAAAGCUUGAAGCUCACCAAUAUCCCAAUAUUAUGGCUGUAAUCGAUGAUUGUAACGCAAUGCUUAUGAACUGUUAUCGCUUCAAUGGUCCAGAACACAUUGUCUCCAAGCAAGGGCAGAACCUAGCUAAGACUUUGGCAAAGUACUUGGAAAAGACUCCUCUUCAACCCAAGCCUUCAGCUUCAAAAAACCGCAAGAAGAGUGGAAGCUUUAGUAUGUCAGGUCAGGGAGGUGGUAGCAGAGGAGGGUCACGGGAGCCUGAUAGAAACUAUGAUCCAACCAGGCCGAAACGUGAUAUACAUCCACCUGCACGAGUCGUCACAGAAGCCAUGCCAGGAAAGAAGGGCAAAAGGGCGUCAGCUCAACUCAAGUUCUCUGGUGCCGUCAUCAAAGAACUUUUUAAAGAGGAAUAUAAAUCCUUCACCUAUCCAUUCUUACAGCCAGUAGAUCCCACUGCACUCGGCAUACCACACUAUCGUACAAUCAUCAAACAUCCAAUGGAUUUGGGUACCAUAAGGAAACGAUUUGAAGCUGGUCAUUAUACUGAUCCAGCUGAAAUCGAACAUGAUGUUCGUUUGGUUGUCGGUAAUGCUAAAAAGUUCAAUCAACCCGGUGAACCCGUCCAUGAAAUGGCUAGAAGGCUAGAACAGCUAUUCGAAGCCAGGUGGAAGGAGUUGCCGAACUUUGUUGGCGCCGCAGCUGCUAUGGGUGGUGGUGGUGAGAGCGAAGAUGAGGAGGAUGAUGAUGACGAUGACUCAUCUGAAGAUGCAAUUUCCGCAAUAGAAGCUCCUGCUCCUUCAGCUGUAGCUCCCAAUUCACAAAUAGAACUUUUGCAACAAAAUCUUCAACUUAUGACUGCACAGCUAAACUUAUUGGUACAAAGUCAGCAACAGCCAAAGAAAAAGAAGAGAGACAAGAAGGAGAAGAAGGAAAAGAAAGAGAAGCGUAAGAGUCUCUCUUCUGGUCUUCCAUCCAUGCCAUUCCCUGUACCAAACUCCAUGCCGAUGCCUCAACACCAAUCUAAACAGCCCAAGCCACAAAAUAAACCACCCAAGGCAACACGUCCUCCUUCAUUUUCGGGUCCGCCGACAUCAAAUGCAUUACCAACUCCAGUAAACAGAGCUAAACCACCAGCACCUAAAAAGCAGAAGGUGAAGAAGGAAGACGCCAAAGAGUUGACAUACGAACAGAAGCUCGAGUUAUCAAACCGGUUCACUCAAGGCUUGUCGGAAGAAGUCAUGGGUCAAGUAUUCUCUAUAAUUCGAGAAGGGAUGCCUGGUAUAGAUGCCAAUGCCCAUGAAGAGCUGGAGCUUGAUAUCGACAAUCUAGAUCCUGUAACGUUACGUCGAUUGUAUAAUUAUGUAGUAAAGGGCCGGUUAUCCAAGUCAAAGGCAAAGCCACCUACAGCUAAACAUGGUGGUAGCGAUUCGAGUUCUUCCGAUGGAGACUCGGAUUCAGAUGAUGGACCAUCUUCAGGAACCUCAUCAGGAAGUAAUGCAUCUGGAAGUUCACCUGCACGACGUGGUGUUGCCCAAGUUUCAACAGCUACAAGAACUAGUGGUGGUGGUGACGGUGCUCCUUCCAGUGCACCUGUUGCUACAACUCAUAAGGAAGCUGCUAUGGUACGUGGUAGGAAGUGGGAUGAUCCUGAUGAUAUUGGCGAUGCUCUCGCUGAUGCUUCAGAACCAUCUCCAUCGAAAACACCAAGAUCAGCUCAACGAUCCAAUAAACGUCGCAUUGACUCAUCCUCGCCAGAACCAGAAGCCGUAAAGACUGUACCAUCAGCACCACAACCACAAAGUGCAAAACCAUCCACAGUACCACCAACGUCAAUUGCGACAACUCCCAAGACUCAACCAGCUUUAGUUAAAAGUAGAUCGACUACACCAUCCGCUGCACCUACUCGACCUUCCUCUGAAGAAGUCAGACCAACUUCAGCAACAGCUAGCAGUGGCAAUAAUGCUGCAAGUGGUACUAAUAAAAGCAAACCCGUUGGACAAUCUCCAUCAGUGUCAGCUCCUCGAGUCGCUACUCCGAAUGCACAACCAAUCAGGACUGGAACUCCAUUAAUAUCUAGUAAAGUUAGUGUUAGUCCUGCACUAUCACCAGCAUCAGGAGUAAAGCCUAGUGCUGUACCAUCAUCAAUGCCUGUAGCAGCAUCAACAGGAAAUGUUCCGCUAGUGAAGAGACCCAUUCUUCCAACUACGGCUAUGAAACGAGGUCCAAGUGGGACAGGAAGUGGAAGUGGUGACCAAUCUGCUAUUCAAAAGGCAUUGGCAGUAUCAGAAGCUGCUUCCAAGUUAAUGGAAUAUGAAAAGCAACAACAGCGUAAAGAAGCGGAUGAAAGGCUCGCGAAACGACGUGAACGUGAACAGAAUGAUGAGAUCAUUCGAAAGGCACAAGUUGAAGAACGUGAACGUCGACGCCUAGCAGAAGUUGACUUUGAAUUGAAGAAAAUGAGAGGCCAAACUGCCAUUCAACCACCACCAUCAAGAGUACCGAAAGAAGACUUGGAGUUGACUGUCGACCGUAUGCAGAAAUUGCUACCAGCAGAGGCGACGGAACUAUAUAAGAAUGAUAAGAAGGCUCGAGAUCUUAUAUGGAAACAACGUGCUCCCUUGUUGGACGUCAUUCCAAUUCAAGGAGAUAUAAUCAACAGCGUCCCUCGCGAUGAAGAUGAAUCAGAUGAACAUCGUAUCGCAGCUGCAUCACGUAGUCGCAUUCGUGAAGCCAUUGUGAAUGACUUGUUGUCUGGUCAUACUACAAAAUGUGCUGAUGACGCUGCUCAUCCAGAAUUUGCUGAUGAGAGUUUGUUGAAUGCUGCUGAUCUUGAGGAUGGUGAAAUCGCUUGA